AUGACGUCCAAACUUCCAUCCAUCUUGAGCGCGACCGAGGAGGAUAUCCAGCUUUUGCUGGCUGCCCAAUGCCAUAUUGGCACCAAAAACUGCGAUAAGCAGAUGGAGCCUUACGUCUGGAAGCGACGUGCCGAUGGCAUCCAUAUCCUCAACAUUGGCAAGACUUGGGAAAAACUCGUUUUGGCCGCCCGAAUUAUCGCUGCUGUUGAGAACCCCAACGAUAUCUGUGUCAUUUCCGCCCGUCCCUACGGUCACCGUGCAGUCCUCAAAUUCGCCGCCAACACCGGUGCUCAGGCUAUCGCUGGUCGCUUCACCCCCGGUUCCUUCACCAACUACAUCACCCGAUCAUUCAAGGAGCCCCGUAUCAUUAUCGUGACCGAUCCCCGUGUUGACCACCAGGCCAUCCGAGAGGCUUCCUAUGUCAACAUCCCCGUGAUCGCUCUUUGCGACACCGAUGCUCCCUUGCAGUUCGUCGACGUUGCUAUCCCCACCAACAACAAGACCAGGCACUCCAUCGGUCUCAUCUGGUGGCUCCUCGCCCGUGAAGUCCUCCGACUCCGAGGCACCAUCCCAAGAACUCCCGAUGGCUGGAAUGUCAUGGUCGACAUGUUCUUCUACAGGGACCCUGAGGAGGUUGAGAAGCAGCAGCAAGAGGAAGCCGCUGCCAAGGCUGCUGCUGCCGCUGGUGCUGAGGAAGCCCCCGCUGGCUUGUCCGAGUGGGACGUCUCAUCCGCACCCCAAGCCGGCAGCAUCAACCCUGCACUCGUUUCUGGAGAGGGUGCUCUCGACUGGUCCGCCGACAACGCUGGUCCCAGCGACUGGGCCGCCGAUACGACAACCGCCGCUGGAUGGGGUGCUGAGACCACUGGCACUGGUGGAUGGGAUUAAGCAUCCAGGAGCUUGCUUCAUUCUUUGCAUGCAUGAUUUGAUACGGAGCCCUCAUAUGCAUCAAAUUCGACAGUAUGUACAGUUAUGGGCUUAUGAAAAUACGACUCUUUCCAUC